AAUGUGAUCAGUGUCUUCACAUAGAUGAGUAUCAUUUAUCAUUAAUAAUAAUAUAUAUAACUAAAGGCAAACUGAGCAAAUUUGUUAUUUCAGAAGAGUUUAUCAAACUGGUAGCCCUUCGUAUGACUCAGUACCCAUGAAGUAGCUCUCAGUUUCAAAAAGGUUCGUGUCCUGCUAAAUCAUCACUGACUAGGAACUAUAUAUUUGAUAUCGUUUCCUGCAUGUUCAGAGUUUAGCGACGCACAACUACGUACUAUUUAUGUUUUGACCAGUUAAUGUUUUUGAAGCGCAUGUGGUUUUCUCUGCUGCGCCACAGUCUUGCGCCUCACGGCUCCAUGGAGCCCGAGGACCAGCGUCACUUCCAGCCGUGGCGGGAUUACUUGGGUCUCGCGGACAUGGUGCGUAUGAUGCGGGAAACCUCUGUUCCCGAACCUCACCAGGUCCUGAAGUUCGGGUUUACGCCUGAGAUUUCUCAUCACCAGGGCCGUAAUGCUGUAAUGUUCCAGACUUUCCCCGAGCCUGAGAUGUCCGAGGUCAGAGGCAGUCCGAAAACGCCGGAGGGGCAACUGAAAUGCGGCCGUAGCGGGACCACAGGGUCUCCACCUCUACCUCCAUCAUCUGAAGGUUCUCGCUCUGGGGAAAUGUUAUGCAGUUUCUGCAAACAUAACCGCGAGUCUGAAGAAGUGUUCAAGUCGCACUGCCUGAGGGGAAGCGGCGGAGUAGUGACGUGUCCUUACCUGCGCCGGUACGUGUGUCCGCUGUGCGGGGCGACGGGCGACCGCGCGCACACCAUACGCCUCUGCCCGCUCGUGGACAGCACGUACAGCCCCGUGUACACCACCAGGUGCCCCUGUACUGCCUGGAAAUUACGUAAAAUCUGAACGCCACUUUCACACUCGCUACCAAACUGUAGGUAAUUUUUCAUUUUAUUUUAAUUUUUUACCUGGGAAGGUGAACAAGAUGCUUCACAGGUACGUCAGCAAUCCUUAAAGUCCGGUACUGUACCUGAAAUACUUUUAUAUGUAGGCUUCACUAUAUAUUCAAAAGGUACUAAAGAUGUACCAGUUAUGAUACCAUUUCAGAGAAAAGAUGAAGUACAGUUGGUGCUUUUAUCUGAGGGUGUGUGGCUGUAGAAAGUUCCAAGUGCUUUAAAAAAAAAUAAAUAAAUAAAAAAAAUAAAAUAAAAUAAAAUUGUUGCGCAAAAAAAAGUUUUUCAGAAUUAUAUAUUUAAUGUCUGCAUUAUUGUACGUAUUGUUAUGGCUUAGAGCUGUUAGGCUUAGUUGUUUUUAACUCUGGAAUGACCUGCCCUGGGUUUAGAGCUGUAACACCUGGAAAGGUGUGACUGUCAAGAGUUUUAUUUUACUAACUUUGUGUGCACUUUAUUUGUGUAUGCACUUGUUUUGUGUUUUUAUUUCCACUGGGGUUUUUGGUUUUUGAAGCUGAUUUCUCGAACAAGCUUGUGCUCAGGCCUCUUUGGAUCAUCACAGGUGCAACAUGUUACAGGUGCAGGUUUUUCCAGGGCUUCAUGAUGGGACCGUGAAUCUCCGACCUGAUGCUAUUUUUCUGGUCUGUUUUAUUGACAAUUCUAAGAACUUCUGAUGUGUGACCUUUUAAAAUGUUUUAGAGCUUUUUGGAUGUGAGUUAAUAUACUUUAUAUGCAUGUAACAAGCCUCAGUGCUGCAUUUGUUUGUUUUUAUAUAUUAUUUAAAACGUAAAUGUUAUACUAUCUUGGUAGAAAUGACAUAGUCGAUGCCUCUGAAUCUUCUGCAAUUCUGUAACAGUUUCAGUUUGUAAAAAGAUUUUUUUGUUGUUGUUUUAAUUUUUUAUCCACUUUUGUAAAAUAAAAAUGUGACCAGAGUGUGAAUUUUUGUCUUCACUGACUUCAAGUGCUAGUUUAGGGUGGCUAUUAAGCAGACACAAUCUUUUUGACUUAAUUUAAUUCAAAUUCAAACUUGAAAUUCUGGGGGAAAGCCUGUAUCUUCUGUGCCUGUGCCAACAACAGCAGGGCCAUUAAGGAAGACAGAAGAGCAUAUUCCCCCAGAGCAUAUUUUCAUAGGUCAACUACUUAAAGAAUUAAUAAAACUUUUAAUUAUUAUAUUAAAGCUGAGAAUUAGGCCUUUGCAGAGAUGCCUAGAAUGUUUAUAUGGGACCUUCUGGUGGUGAACAGGAUAUUAUUUAGUGCAAGUUGAAGUUGACCCUUGAAGGCCCAAGACCAACUUAAGGCCUGUCCCGGUGGACGUAGAUGGUACUGCAGUGAAUUUCUGAAAUUUUCACCAGAUGUGGUGUAAUGAUUGAGGAUUCACUCAUGCAAGCACACAGAUAAGCCACAUGUUUAUAUAAUAACUUGUUUGAUAACGGUGUGAUUAAAUAAAUGUGUAUCACAUUAAAUGUGAGAAUAAAUGUGACUCUGAUCGUUUUGAUCAUUGCAAUUGAAUUGCAUUUAAUUUGAUUUAUUAUUUCACCUUUUGAAGCAGUCAGCAAAAGACAGCCACUAAGGAGAACAAUACAUUUAGCCCCUGUGCUGGGAGAUGAUAGGUCUGGGUAGUGUGAAAAUCUCAGCUAAGUGCCUGCAAAGAGCAUAGCGUCCAUAGGACGCCUUCAUCUUCAAUGCAAUUCAAGUGAUAAACUGGACAUUUUCUCUAGACUCAGGGAAUUUUUGAAUGGUGUCUCUAUGCCCAUCCAAAGUUGAGAAAGCUUAUCAGAAGUGAUAUGAGCCUCACCUCAAAUUAAAACCAAAAGGCGUGCAGACUGGACUGCCAGUUUGUGGACAAUUGUGGAAUUCAGCCACAAUUAUGUUAUCAUAUUAUUAUAAUAUUGUGGGUAU